AUGACUAUUCUGAAUGGUUCUGCCAAUAUAGAGAUCAGAACAGAACUUGGAGCUCUUUUUAGAGAGAAGAUUGAGUGGGAGAUCAGCAGGCUUAGUUCUGACAAAGAGUUUCUCAUCAUUUUCCCAGAUGAAGACAAGAGGCAUCAACUUGCUAGAAUCAAAAAUUUUGAAUUUGAGACUGCAGAUGUUAAAGCUCAAGUGAGGUCCACAGAUUUAAACCCUGGGGCUGAUGGCUGCUUAGAGGUGGUGUGGGUUAGGGCCUACAAUUUCCCAGAUUACGCUUUGACACCUGAGGCUGUAAUGGAGGUUUCUCACCUUGUUGGGGACCCAGAAGAAGUGGAUUUGGCUGCUCUUAAAUGGGGUUCAGCUGCUCAGCAGAAGGGAAAUGCUACUCAGCAUGUACAAAAUACUGCACAUAAAUAUACCCCAAUUCAAAACAAAGAGGUUGAGUCAUUUGUAGAACGAGUUGCUGAAGAAUCACUAACACAGAAUGAGGAUGAUAAUAAUACAAUUGGUGGAGGAGAUCAAAUCCUUACUCAACAGAGCGUUACAGAUAAUCUCAAUGUCCAAAACACAAUAGAUGAUACGGUGCUGCCACAGGAAAGUGAUGAUGUUGAGACAACCCUGCUGAACUCUACAACAGAACCUAAGGAGAUACAACAGAAUAAUGGGGGUCUGGGUGAAAAGAUGUUAGACUCUGAUGGGAAAUCUGAGGAAGAACUGGUGGACUAUGACUAUGAUUAUGAGCCUACUGAACGGGAGAAAGCCGAGAUGGAAAUUUUGGAAAAGGAGAUGGAAGGCAAAAUCAGAGCACUGGAACCUCACAUGAACUUCACAGAUGGCACCACGACUAAUAUGACAACAGAUGAUAAUAGUGGGGAAGACUUUGAAGCAACGAUUGCCAAAUUGUUCGAAGGGAAGGCUUUAGCUACAGAGGAAACAGAUGAAGUAAUCCAAGAGGAUAUGAAUGCUAGAAGGGUGAAGAAACAACCUGCAGAGGCACAGAGAAAGAGUUUGAGGAUUAGCAAUGUCAACAUCCAGGAGCAAGCUUCUAAACUCAAGGCCAAAAGGAAUGAAAUCACAGAAAUGGAGUAUUCUGCUGAAGGGGGCGGAAAAGAGAUGGGCUUCGAAGACGGCGGAAAGACUAUCAAGACAUUUGGAGCAAAGCGGCCAAGGCUAAUGUCUUUAGCGCUCUGUGUAGCGUUCUUUUGGGAUGUAAUCUUUGUUGUUUUAUGUCAUCACGUCUGCUAA